CCAGUUUUCUAAAAUCCAAUUCAUUUCAAAUAUAACAAGUGCUGGUGGAAUAUUAAAUUUGUUUGUUAAAACAAAAUGAAAUUUAUUUUCGGAUUAACCGUUUUAUUAGUGGCUGUUUUUGUUAAUCAAAUAUUGGUUUCUAGUGGCACUUCCCAGCCGGUCUGUGGUUAUAAGAAUGCUGAAGAUGAAAUGAUUUUUUUGAAAUAUUUUCCCUACACCAAGAAAGGUGAAGAAUAUGUAGAUUUUGGUAAAGAUGGUAUAUGUUUGAAGAAGGUGACUUGCAGCGAAACCUUUACCAAUCAAAUUGAAGAAUGCAAAACCUUCCCUGUAACUUGUGAGAAUAAGAAAAAAUACAAUGGAGUGUUCCCAGCUUGUUGUGUUAAAUGUUAAAACUAUAUGAGAAUUAUAAAGAGAUGUUUUGAAAUUUUUGAAUAAAGAUAUGAAAUUUAACAAAA